CGCUUCCGGGGCCGGAUGGACUCGCUUUCCCGGCGGCCCCCGCGCGGGGCGGGGCGGGGCCGGGCCGGCGGCUGGAGGCGCCGCAGUCGCUCCGGCCUCGCCAUGAGCAGCGGUAGCGCCGGCCCGUCCCGCCCGCGCGCCGGCUCCUUCGCCGACGCCGCCCCGCCCCCCGCGGCCCCGAUCCCGGCCGCUGCGGGGGGGGGCAAGGCCGGGCCCGGGCCGGGGGGGGGCGGGGGCGCCUUCCCCGCGGGGGUGAAGCUGGGCCGGGACAGCGGGAAGCUGAGCACAGUGGUGGCAACACCGGGGCAGGGCCCUGACCGCCCGCAGGAGGUCUCCUACUCUGACAUCAAGGUGAUCGGCAACGGGUCCUUUGGUGUUGUGUACCAGGCACGCCUGGCCGGCUCAGGUGAGCUCGUCGCCAUCAAGAAAGUGCUGCAGGACAAGCGCUUCAAGAACCGGGAGCUGCAGAUCAUGCGGAAGCUGGACCACUGCAACAUUGUGCGGCUGCGCUAUUUCUUCUACUCCAGCGGGGAGAAGAAGGACGAGGUUUAUUUGAACCUGGUGCUGGAUUUCGUGCCGGAGACGGUGUACCGCGUGGCCCGGCACUUCUCCAAGGCCAAGCAGACCAUCCCGGUCAUCUAUGUCAAGGUCUACAUGUACCAGCUGUUCCGCAGUCUGGCCUACAUCCACUCACAGGGUGUCUGCCACCGCGACAUCAAGCCCCAGAAUCUGCUGGUUGACCCUGACACGGCUGUGCUCAAGCUCUGCGACUUCGGCAGUGCCAAGCAGUUGGUGCGGGGCGAGCCCAAUGUCUCAUACAUCUGCUCCCGCUACUACCGGGCCCCCGAGCUCAUCUUUGGUGCCACCGACUACACGUCCAACAUAGAUAUCUGGUCGGCGGGCUGCGUGCUGGCCGAGCUGCUGCUGGGGCAGCCCAUUUUUCCUGGGGACAGCGGUGUAGACCAGCUGGUGGAGAUCAUCAAGGUGCUCGGGACACCCACACGGGAGCAAAUCCGGGAGAUGAACCCCAACUACACAGAGUUCAAGUUCCCCCAGAUUAAGGCCCACCCCUGGGCCAAGGUGUUCAAGCCACGCACACCAGGUGAGGCGGUGGCACUGUGCGCCCGCCUGCUAGAGUACACACCGGCCACGCGCCUCUCGCCCCUGGCGGCCUGCGCUGAUCCCUUCUUCGAUGAGCUGCGUGAGCCGGGUGCGCGCCUGCCCAGCGGCCGUGACCUGCCCCCCCUCUUCAACUUCAGCCCUGUGGAGCUCGCCAUCCAGCCUGUGCUCAACGCUACCCUGGUGCCCCCCCACGCCCGGGUGCUGGGGGGAUGUGUGGCUCCCCAAGGUGAGGGGCGCCUGAGCGGUGACAGGAACCAGCUGGGUGACGGCGCGGGACCCAUCGCCAGCACCUCCUGAGGGGCUCUGGGGCCGGCCUCCCCCCCGCCUCCCAACUGAACUGUGAAGGGGGCGAGGGUUUAGCGUCCCUUCCAAUGACCCCUUGGCCCAGCUGCUGCCUUGUGGGGGGUGAGGGGGAAGGUCUCUGUCUGCCCCCCAUUUUAAAGUCCCUUUCAGUUUUAAGCCUCUCCCCCAGGUCCCCCCCAGAGCCGGUGGGGGGAAGCUAUGGCUGUGCCCCCCCGCAACUAUGGGGGGCCCCUCAUGCUCUGGACCCCAAUGGGAGUUUUAUGUCCCUGCCCGCCCCUUUUGUAAAUACACCCCUGCCCCCUCCUUUUAUGGAUCGCUGUGUAAAUAGUUGAUUUUUUUCUUAUUGCCUCCCCCCCACCCCCCCUGCUGCCCCCAGAUGAGCUGGAGGGGGGGUGGCCUGUGGCCCCAUUAGCCCUUUUCUUAGACUUGGCUGUGUACAGACCCCUUCAAUAAAUUAUUGGCAUGACCCGA